AGAUCAAAAAAUCGCACGCCUCAAAACCUCAGGAAUGGAGGUCGCUUCAGGAAAUUGUGGCUACCGUAAAUUGCGAAUCCCGCGACAAGUUAUUUUCUUUCAUUCAGAAAACUCCCCUAGACACAGUAGAAGAUCGCAGAAAACCUUUCAUGCUGAAUAUUUUAGUACCGCAACGACAAUUAUACCUUAAGCUCAAAACAUUGGUUAACUGGUCCGAAAAUGCAGAUGUCAUUCGACAUUGUGAA